AUGGGUGAAAGACUACAACACCCAAAUAAACACUUCUUAUGCUCUUUCGGCAACUGUAAAGCGACAUUUUCCAAGUUGUGGAGAUUGGAAGCGCAUUAUUGCAAACACACGGGGCUGAGGCCCUUUGCUUGUGGAAGCUGCGACAAGAGCUUUUGCACCCGUUACGAGCUCACCCGACAUCAGCUGAUCCACAGUGGGGAGAAGCCCUACCUGUGCUCAGUCAGCGGAUGUUCAGAUGCGUUCUCCACGUCUGGCAGCUUGAGGAACCACAUCGCUCAUGUUCACCACAACAAACAAAGGAACUAUGUGUGUAACCAUGAAGGCUGUGGAAAGGAGUUCCAUAAGAAAAGGCAACUGAUGAUUCACACAUGCGAGCACACAAAUGAAUUACCCUUUCAAUGUGACUUUGAAUGGUGUGGCAAGAAAUAUGCUUCCCCUAAUGCUCUAAAACGACAUGGGAAAGUACAUAAAGGUUACCCAUGUGCUGAGGAGGACUGUCCAUUCAAAGGAAGGACUUGGUCAGAGUAUCAGAAUCACAAAAAGGCAGAGCACAGAGAAACUCUGCCAUGUGAUCAAUGCAAGAAGAUAUUCCACUGUGACUGGAUUCUGCAGAAGCACAAACAAUCGGUUCACUCCGAGGAAAGGCGGCGGUUUAAAUGCACUAGGGAGGGUUGUCAGCAGUGCUACACUACAUACUUUAACCUCCAGAACCACAUUUUAGACUUCCAUGAGGGAAAGCGUGCUUUCACUUGCUCUUUUGCAGGCUGCGGUAAAGCCUUUGCGAUGGAGGAAAGCUUGAAACGGCAUGCUGUGGUCCAUAAGCCCCAAAAGACAAAACUUCAGAAGCCAAAAACAACGCCCCACAAGAAGGCUUCCAAGACUAAGCUGUUGGAUGCAGCUAAACUGUCUCAGCGUCUGCAAAAUGUCUCCUUAAACAAGGCUACAUCACAGAAACCAGUGACUUAG